AUGUCAACCAAUCAAGAAAAUCUCAUAAGCGAGGAAGCCUUCCUGGCCCGUAUGAACAACUACACUGCCCCGGACCCCUCCCCCCGGAAUCCCCAAAUCAGCACCCAGUCCAGCCACGCCGACCGCAUCGAAGCCAACUACCAAGCCGAUGGCCACAAGACCUGGGGGUUUGUCAUCUACCGCACCACUUACGACAAUGAUACGGACUGGACCGAAUUCAUGCGGCGACUGCGCGCGUGGACGGCGGAGAACAUGGACUUUUAUCAUGGAGACGAUGUGUUGCAGCGUAUGACCUGGACUGUAUUUGAUGAUCGAGCGCAAUUCGACGGCGUGGACGCGGCAGCCGUGCGGCGGCAUUUUCGAACGUGGGCGGAGGACGCCGUGCGUUCGGAACAGGCCGACGCCAGCGACGCGACUCCCGUGAGCAUGGGCCGCUCGCCACGUUACAGAUACUGUAUCCAGAUCGACGCCGCCUCGCUCAAAUCCGCCGUCCACGACGCCCCGGCUCCACCAGCUUACGACCAAGAGCGCCAAGGUUGGGUCAAGGUCAUCGGUAUCACGGAGCAUGAUGUCGGAUGGAUGAAGUGUCCGUUUCCGAGCGUCAUGACGGAGUAUUAUAUGCUUUUCAACGAUUUGAAUGGGUAUAGGACGGCUUAUCGACGGCCUCCGGCUGUGGUUGGGUAUCCGUGGAAUUGA